AAAAGGGCAAAAGAAAUUAGGUUCUGCUCCCGCGGGCGCAUCAUUAUAGAAACAACGGAGGAACGAAGCAACCAAUAAGCAUGAGAGAAUGGCGCCCUAUUACAAAAUCUGAAACAAAACCCUAAGUCCAACUAAAAGCUCGGCUUUUUAAGUUGCAGCAUGGCGAAUUCCAACAAAAGUUGAUAAACGAAAAUCACUGGAAUAAAGAACCUCAGCUACAGUUGCUGAAAUGGCCAAUCUCAAGGAACAAGAAAUCAGCCAUGGCCUCUUAGCGGUAAACAGUGUUAAAACAGUGGAAGCUCCUCAAUGGUUGGACCCUAAGCCUGAGCUCUCUGCCUCUACCAGGGCAGCUUCUCAGUAUCUAUUCUCUCAGCUUCUCCCUCACUCUAGAAACUGCCCCUUCUCAGAGCUCAUAGUCGAUGGCUUUGACGCGGAGCAGAUAUGGAUGCAAAUUGACAUUCAGACAAAACCUAUUCUGAAUUAUAUCAAAAGAGAGUUGAAGAGUAUUGAGAAGAACCCUGAAACAAUUCAGUCGAAUGAUGAGGAAUUUGCACCAAAAGAUGGAGAUGCUGGGUUGGAGUCUGAUGAGGAUUCAGAGGGUGGAAUUGAUGAAGAAGAAGAAGAAGGGGAAGAAGAAGAAGGGGAAGAAGGAGAAGAAGGGGAAGAAGAAGAAGAAGGAUUUGAUGAAGAUCAGGAGAAUUACAGGGAGGAAGAAGAACCUGGUGAAGAUGAAGAAAAAUUUGGCAAAACAUCCCGUGCUGAAUUGGAAGGAGGGGUUGAAGAUGGGUUUUUGAGGAUAGAUGAUUUAGAAAUGUUCUUGGAGGAAGAAGAGAGAAGAGAGGCUGGAGGAGUAGAGGAGAAACAUGAGGAGGACAGUGAGGAGGAUGACUUGGACGAAGAUGAGAUUGACGACGACGAUGAGAUUGAUGGUGAUGAUGAAGUGGAUGAUCACAAGAAGAAUCCCAGAUAUGAAGAUUUUUUUGGUCCGAAGAAGAGUAAAGGGUCAGCAAAAAGGGCUGGGUCUUUUGAUGGAAACAGAAACAUUCAGACUGAAAGGUUACAAAGAGAUGCUAAUGGGCACAUCAAUGACCAGGAGAGAGCAACCAUGUCUACCCAUGAAAAACAACUUGAGAAGAUCCAUUCUAGAAUUGAGCAGUUGGAAAGAGCAAACUUGGAAGCCAAGUCAUGGACCAUGCAGGGAGAGGUGACAGCUGCGAGGCGGCCGAAGAAUAGUGCACUUGAGGUUGAUCUAGACUUUGAACACAAUAUGCAACCUGCACCAGUGAUCACAGAAGAGGUUACUGCAUCCCUCGAAGAUAUCAUAAGAAAAAGGAUCAUUGAGGGGCAAUUUGAUGAUGUGCAACAUAAACCCAGUUUGCCUUCAAAGGCUCCAAUAGAACAUAAACAAUUGGAUGAGAACAAGAGCCAGAAGGGGCUUGCUGAAAUAUAUGAGGAAGACUAUAUGCAGAAGGCUGGCCUUGCUUCUGCUGCUCCGUCCUUUAGGGAUGAAUUACAGAGAGAAGCCAGUUUGUUAUUUAAGAAGCUAUCUAUACGGUUGGAUGCCUUGUCGCAUUUUCACUUUACACCUAAACCCGUCAUUGAGGAGAUGUCCAUUCAAACAAAUGUCCCUGCUCUUGCAAUGGAAGAGGUUGCUCCUAUAGCAGUUUCAGAUGCAGCCAUGUUGGCUCCUGAGGAGGUAUUUGCAGGCAAAGGAGAUAUUAAAGAAGAGGGAGAGCUCACCAAAGCUGACAGAAAGCGGAGAAGAGCAAAAAAGAAGAGGAUAUUUAAAGCUGCAAUGGCCAAACGCCUGAGGAGGAGCACACAGGAGAAUCAAUCUCGUGAUCGUAAAAAAGCUUGAAAUUCUCUUGACAGAGUGUGGAAUGAACACAAUUUUGUAGAUUGAGAAACAAAGGUUGCCCUUGAGGGAUAUUGCAACAUGGCGUACAACCCCGAGCUGGCCUGACUGCAGGAUACUAGGUACAAGUUGCAAGUGACCCAAAGUUGGGUUCCUUUUUCUUCUAAUUUUUGACAUUUGUACUUACUGUAAUUUGUUGAGAAAAGAAAUCACAGAACAUGCAGAGCCUUGAGAAGGAAUAACUCCUUUGAUAGCCUGCAAAACUGGUUCAAUUUUGGCUCUUGAUAUAAUUGUUAAAUUAAUGUUACACAAUUUUGCAGCUUGUGCAUUUUGUCAUUCAUCCCUGGAUGUUUGACGAGCAGUUUGAACAUUCAUAUAGAAAAGAAAGUAAUUGGGCCUCAUUGCAUGGGUCUUACAACU